AUGGUUGAUGUUGACUUUGAUAUUACACCAAUAUUGGGAAAUAAUCUUGCUCGUCUUGAUUCAAUGAGAAUGAAACAACUUCAGAAUGGAAAAAUAUAUGAUGCAAUUGAUGAGUUAUGUAAAAUUGCUUCUCAAUCUAUUCAACUUAGAGCUCCAUUAACAAGUUGUGAAAAAAUUAUCAAUUCUGAAAAUGUUUUAUACAUACUUUGGGAAUUUGAUGAAGAAUCAAAAAUGAGUAAGAUUAUUGGAUAUCUUAAAGUUGGAAGAAAACAUCUUUAUCUUUUUGAUCGUGAUCAAAUAUCAUAUGAAGGAAACUUUUUAUGUGUUUUGGAUUUUUAUAUUCAUUGGAAGUAUCAAAGAAAAGGAUUAGGACGCAAAUUAUUUGAUAAUAUGUUACGUUGUGAACAUACACAACCAACAUCAAUAGCUUUAGAUAACCCAACUGUUACUUUAUUAGCAUUUGUUGAUAAACAUUAUAAUUUAUGUGAUCCAAUUUGGCAAAAUACAAAUUAUGUUGUUUUUCCACAACUUUUUGGAAAUGUUGAAAAACAAGUUAUUAAUAAUGCUCCAGAUGGAUGGCGUCGUCCUCAAACACCAAGAAGAAUUGGAUCAAAUGGUGUUGAGACAACUAGAUGGCUUGGUGAAGCUAUUCCAGGACACCAAUCAAAAUCUCAAUCAACUGGAUGCCAUGUUGAUGCUGAUCAAUCAACUGAAGGAACAUUAGCUAAUCGUGCUCAUCAAGCUAAACAAAGAAAAGCUCAUAUUCUUAGUAGCAAACCAUUAUGGUAA